AUGACAGAUACAGAAGAAUCAACAAUGGAACUUACAAUGACAACAGAAGACGAUACAAUAAUAGGAGAGCAAUUACAAUUUUCUAUGAAUAUUACUAAUAAUACUGUAUGGAUACAAAACGGAUCAACUGUUGCUGGAGGAAAUGGACGAGGAAGUCAAUUAAAUCGUUUGUCAUCGCCUCUUGGUAUCACUAUUAAUGAUAAGACUCAAGUGAUUUAUAUUGCUGACAGUGGGAACGAUCGUAUUGUUAAGUGGGAAUAUGGUGCGAAGAGCGGACAAGUUAUCGUUGGUGGAAAUCAACUGAAUGAAUUAAAUUUUCCAGUUGAUCUACUUCUUGAUCAAAAGAAUAAUUCUCUCAUCAUUUGUGAUCAAGGCAAUAGGCGUGUAGUUCGAGUAUCUCUUCGAAAUCCAGCAUAUCAACAAAUAAUCAUCUCAAACAUUCAUUGCUAUGGUCUAGCAAUGGAUAACAGUGAAAGUCUUUAUGUCUGUGACUGUGAGAAGCAUGAGAUAAAAAAAUGGAUAAAAGGAGAAAUAGAUGGAACAGUUGUAGCAGGUGGAAAUGGAAUAGGAGAUGAAAAUGACCAACUUAAUUUUCCUAUUUAUAUCUUCAUUGAUGAAGAUUAUUCACUUUAUAUAUCGAAUUCUAAUAAUAGUCAUAUACUCAAAUGGUUGAAAGGUGCAAAACGAGGAAUGCUUAUUGCUGGUAGACAAGGUCAAGGAGAUUACCAUACGCAAUUCCUUUAUCCUCGAAAAGUGAUUCUUGAUCGUAUGGGUAAUCUUUAUAUAGCUGAUUCAGGAAAUCAUCGAAUAAUGCGUUGGCUAAAAGAUAAAAAAUCAGGCACUAUUGUUGUUGGUGGAAAUGGAAAUGGGCAACAAUUAAAUCAGUUAUAUAGUCCUGUGAGUAUAACAUUUGAUCAACAAGGUAAUCUUUAUGUUGCCGAUUCUGCUAAUCAUAGAGUACAAAAAUUUAAUAUUGGAGUUAACUGA